AUGCCAUACUGGCAACUGAACAGUGCAGCAUACUACAUUGUCGUAAUCCUCUUUAUCUCUACCCAAGCAGCUGCCUCUGAAGCGUACGACAGGCUAUGUGGGACAGCCUGUCGAAAGACCUUCCGGACGCUGCGAUUUUCAGAUGCCCCGACUGGGGCUUUUUUUGCCGUGCAGGAGUGCACUAGCCAUUUGUACCAGCGAUCACUGUAUCUAUGCUGGGAUUUGUAUUGUUCCGAAGAGAUUUGGCUUGCAGAGUCUAAGAGCCUGAACCGUUCAUGUCAAGACAUGAACGGCUCACUUUUCCCCCCACGCGACAUCAUCAAUGACAUUACAGAAGAAGACAUCGCUCAUAUCACCAGAUUCAACGAGACGAGUCCAGACCGUGCCCAGCGCGUUGACGUGCUAAUGCUGCCAUCACAAUCCUACCACAGACUUUGGGCCCGGACGCUGGUUAGUUACUUCCUCACUGCAAACACUCAUCCUAGAAAUCUAGAAGAAGACAGCUCACUCGCCACAAUCCAGGACGCACACGAUUACAUUUGGGAUCAGCAUUUCAAUUACGGUUGGGCGAUGGGGAUGUUCUGGGCGGUGGUCAUCGCGGUGGGCAUGGCAAACCGAGCACUCAUGCACUGGGGUCCCUCUUUCGCGCAAUCGCACGCCCGCCGACAUCCCAGCAGCUUAUGGCUCAAGCGCACGAUUUUGACGCCAGCGACGUUUGGCCGGCGCUGUGUGCAGGACUUCGGAGGUUGGGGUACCUUACCUCCACGUGUGCAGACAUUAACACUGAUGCUGUUUUUGCUACUCAACGUCAUGUGCACCAUCUACGGGUACAGAAUAUUUGAAGGUUAUGGCUUCUAUCCUUCCAUCACGAUGCAGGUCAUUCGCCAUGUUUCCGAUAGAACUGGCAUUUUGUCGUUCGCCAACUUUCCCCUAAUUUGGCUGUUCGGGAUGAGGAACAAUCUUGUAAUCUGGCUCACAGGCUGGGACUUCAAAACAUACAAUAAUUUCCACCGCUGGGUAGCUCGCAUCGCCACCCUGGAAGCCGUAAUUCACUCUAUAGGCUAUACACUUCUCAUUUUCCGGAGAGGCGGUUGGGAUUACUUUUGGCGAAUGUGUAACUUGACUUAUUGGUGGACCGGUGAAUUGGCCACAAUACUUAUGUGCUUGCUUGUUGGUUCAUCCGCCUUCUGGUUUCGGCGUCGACAAUACGAGCUCUUCCUCGUACUUCAUAUUGCUUUGUCAGUCUUGAUACUCGUGACAAUGCUAGGGCAUGUUUCGAUUUUCAAAGGCGAUUACAAUCCUCUUGUAUGGGUUCCGGCCAUGGUAUGGCUAGUAGACCGUGUCAUUCGCGGGGCUCGGAUCGUGGCCUUCAGCCCAACGUUCUGGAACACAUGGGCUCGGGUCACCUACAACGAGGAUGCUCACAUGAUUCGAGUUGUCGUCCCAAUUUCCUCGAGUCUUUAUACCAUUGAACCCGGCACGUUUUACUAUCUCAUGGUGCUGAAUAAGUGGAAUUUUUGGGAGAGCCACCCGUUCACCGUGGCGUCAGUAUCUGAGUCAGUUCAAUGCGGCGAGUCGUUGGGAGAGAGCUCACCUCUUUUAGACUACAGGACCGCUUCUUCCGAGGACACCAGAGCCAGAAGUCUUGGGUCCGGGCGGGAAAUGACUUUUUUGAUUCGACCAUACGACAGCUUCACCUCGCGACUGAAGGACUACGCCAAGGCCAAGAAAACAAAGCCGGCCACAGUACUGGUGGCGAUUGACGGUCCUUACGGAAAGUCCCUCCCUCUGGAGCGGUUCAGCAAGGUGCUCUUUGUGGUUGGGGGUAGUGGGAUUGCGGUACCACUCUCAUACCUCAAGAAACUCACAACGUCUUGUUCCCGACCAAAGCUGAUCGAAAUUCACUGGGCAGUCCGACAGCUGGGAUUGGCCGUCGACGUACUCACUCACGAGUUGAAGAACGUCUCAAGCUAUGGACAGGUGAAGAUUCACGUCUAUAUGACUACCAUGGACAACAGAAGGGUCGGGGAUCAGGCCAGAUAUCGCCUCGCGGAGUGGAAAUUUCAUAGGUUAAACGUUGAAAAGGUCAUCGAAGCCAUUUUAAAUACCGGAGAGAAGGGUAGUCUGGCAGUAGUCGCAAGUGGGCCAGGGAGGAUGGCGGAUGAAAGUAGACGCGCGGUCACAGUCAGGAUGGUAUCUUCUAAGCCCCGCAUAGAAUACUUCGAGGAGAGCUUUCAGUGGUGA